AUGACAUACGAACCACUCAAUCGCCGUUUGGCUAUUCUAGCUGCAGCUUUUGCUCUCUUAGGUGUGGUCCUAGGGGCAAUUGCACUUGGAACAAACUACUGGACUGUCGCCUCUAUCAGUGAACCAGUUUUCAAUCAUACAACGCUUGUUACUGAACGGCAACAUGGACUCAUGUGGAACGGUCUUUUCCAUGAAUGUCGAAGCAGUGGUGUAUGCAAUUUUGAAUUCUUGCCCGCAACAUUUAUUAUCUGUGUUAUUGGUCUUGUGUUUCUCUUAAUUGGUAGCAUCUUAUCAAUUCUCGAUGUGCCAAAAGCAACUGAUCGUCGUUUCGUUACACCUUUAUUUAUCUAUGUUGCUUGUGUCUUAAUGACGGCUGGUUUAGUCGAUUAUGCUUCUUGGCGACUACUCAACUCUCAUUCAUCACGUUCCAUGAUUGCUGCUGUUGUCUUCGCUUAUACAGCUUUACCUUUAUCAGCCUUCGUUGCCGGCCGCUACUCCACAUAUGAACGAACAGCAUUAGUCAACAAUGGAGUUCAUUUAACUACACAGAAAUACUCCGCCACUAAUGGCAAUGGCCUUUAA